AUGAAGCUUAUGGUAAAAGUCUCGUUGUUGCUGCUCAUGCAGCUACUAGUGCCGCGGGCCGACGCCGGUAGCUGGCAGAGCUGCCGCGAAGUGCCCGUGGCAAAGUGUGGUGUAGGUGACAGCCGUAGUGAUGGUCGUGCGUACCGGUAUGACAUUGAUGUGUACCGGUACAAGUGGAACAAAGACCCAUUUGAGUAUUACGGCUACGAAGGCCCAUUUGGCACUGUCUCUUUGGGCCAGGCUUUCCAAUCUUGUCAGGUCUGCUCAAACGAAACAAGGCCUACCAAGGUGGGGUCUCUUCCACAAUCCAUAACUGACAUCAUGAUUGUUGAGAACAACGUCGGUAAGCUUGGCCCUGACAAAGCAGAGAUCCUGUCUCAGAUCCCAUGUGGUGAAGAAUGCAGGUUGUGGUUUGUGGGAUGUAACCUAACGACAAUAGAGGCAGGGGCGUUUGCUAAGUUACCACAGGUAUCUAAGCUGGUCAUCUGGCGGAGCAAUGUCCAGACUCUGAAGAACGGCACGUUUGCUGGGAUGGAGAGCCUCAAGUAUCUGCUGCUGUUGGAGAACAACCUGACACAUCUGGAGGGUGGCUGCCUUGAUGGGUUGCCCAGCUUGUCACACAUCAUCCUUGUGGACAACCAAAUCCUGACGAUGUCGCCUGACACUUUCCGGGGGUUGCAGCCGUGGUGGCUUGACGUAAGUGCCAAUCUUAUCGCUAACGUAGCACCCGGGACCUUGCAGACGAUCAAGUCCGUAGCACAUGUCCACGCCGUUGAGAACAAACUUCGGUCGAUCGGCGUGGGGAUGUUCCAUGGGCUUGAGCGGCUGGGGGUCUUGAACCUGAAGGGUAACAGAAUCUCCCACAUUGCUGCCGGUGCGUUCCACUCAAACACGAAAUUGGAUGGCCUGAACCUUGCAGAAAACAGGCUGACCUUCCUUUCUGGUGGAUGGUUCAAGUCCUCUCCACACCAUCUCAUUGUCCAUGAUAACGGCAUUGCCACCAUUUUGUUGGAGGGCAGGGCGCUUCCGUGGAUGAAGAGAAUUCACUUAACCAACCGUCCGCGCUGCACGUGUGUGAAUGAUUGGCUUUACGAGUACAAGGGGGGUCACCUUAAGUUUAAGAAGAGCGUUAAGUCUUCACUAGUACUCCCGGCAACCCACAGCUGCCCCUCCUCGGCGCUGAUGCGGAACCUCCCCGUGCCAGUCUCUCCUAGCCACACCCUGCCCUGCCCCCCACCAAUGGUGGAGAUCCUGAAGGCCGAACACGACCCCGCAUACAAGUACACGGUCGUAGGCCGGGUGUAUUGGGAGAAGUUGCCACAAGUGUCUUGGACCUUCCCUAAUGACUCACAACACACACACGACAUAACGUACGACACAAACACGACAACACGCGCUACUCUGCCGACAGGCAACCUAACAGUGAGAAUGGUGACCGACCUAAAGGCUGAGGGCUGGGUGAAAUGUAAUGGACCAGCAGAUAACCUGUUGGGGGACUCAGGAAAUCACAGCCUGUGUUCUAACUACAUGGGGAGAUCCAGCUUCACCCUUUGGCUUGAGACUACCGGGCCCUUGGCCUUUGGGAAUACCACGUGUACGGCUUCUUCGGAAACUGGGUCUGACACUGUGGUUUUCAUGACAAGUGAAAGCACAACACUCCAGGCUACAGAACCCUCACUCAUCAACACCACACCAUUCUCAACCACCAUGAGCACAUCACCGGUGCCCACAGGCAUCAACACUACACCACUUACCAUCAGUAAAACUGAUAAUGCUUAUGAAGGGGGCAUCUGCACAUGGAACAUAGUGUUGUCAUCUAUUAUCUGGUUACCGGCUGUUGCGGUGGGGCCCGGGGUUUUGUUCUGUGUCAGGUGUAUCAAGCGUAGGCUCGGGCGCAAAGCUCCAGAUAACGGCGCAGCUUCGCCCCACAAUGACGAUGAGAUCUUUGUCUGUUCUAAGUGGCCAGUUGGCAACUUGGAUGAGCCAGUGAUCAGUCCGUACGCUGAAGGCCGUUUCGAGGAUCACCACAGCUUGAAUGAGACAGAAUCAGUAAUCAGCCCUUACGCUGAAGGUGGUUUCCAAGACCACCCUGACUUGCGCAGGGCCGGUUCUUCUCAGUCAGAAGCCGUCCCGUACGGACAGGCAAAGCUUUGCGCAGCGUACCCAGGCCGCCCCCGCGCGCAGACACACCCCGUGCCGUCCCGCCCGUACAGCGCCGAGCGUCCCCGUCAGACACCAAGCACGGAAGGGGCAGUCGUAACUGGCUAUGGUCAAAACGGUGGUGAUAAGUCAGGCAAAACCUGCUACCAGCACCCGAUCAUUCUCCCCAAACCAGGUGCCACCCUGUCCUCUGCCUACCAACAGAAUGCCAAAGUCGCUAAGCGUUCCCGUAAGGCACCUUGCUACAACCCCCCUGCCACUAACCCAGAGAGGGGUGCCACCCUGUCCUCUGCCUACCAACAGAAUGCCAGCGUCGCUAAGCGUUCCCAUAAGACACCUUGCUACAACUCCCCUGCCACUAACCCUGACCGUACCUUGUCUAACACUUAUGGCCAGCAUGACACUAUUGCGACGGUUUGUAACUCCGUAGAGUCUCCUAUGGUCUGUAGCUACUACCCUGCUGCCCCGCGCGAGCGUACCACGGGCAUUCAGUCCGCCGUCUAUGAUAAAAACCACCGCAGUCAGCCAGCCACAAGCCGGGGAAACAGUUACGUCUGCCCCUCCCCUGCGACUGGUGCUGGUCGGUCCCCGGCAGCUGCAUACUGCCAGAAUGAGCGUAGGGAGGCAAUAAACAACACCACAGAGUACCCUGAGACAAACAGCUAUGAACCGGCCCCUGAUGCUAAAAUUGGCCAGUGA